AUGGGUACUCUUGCCCUGCCCUCCGAAUUGAUCUUGCUGCUAUCAAGCUUUAUGCAGAAUGAAAGCGACAUCAACUCAUUGUGCCAAGUAUGCAGACGACUGUACAAAGUUCUCAACCCAUGUCUUUACCAACGCAACGCUGGAGACUCCAGUUCUGCACUGUUGUGGGCGAUUAAUCAAGGGAACGAAGCCACGGCUCGAAUGGCAAUGGCAGAAGGGGCUGAUAUUGGGAUAUCGGAUUCUUUGGGUCGCGGGCUCUUGUCCUUGGCCUCGAAGGGCGGAUUUAAGUCAAUGGUGGAAAUGCUGCUUGCGACAAAGCAGGCUGGGAUAAACUCCAAGGACUGCAGGGGCUCCACGCCCUUAUAUUGGGCUACCGCAUAUGGCCACGAGGCAAUAGUGCAGCGGUUACUUGAGACCGGAGAGGCAUACGUGGACUCGAAGGAUCUAGAUGAACGGGCUUCAUUAUCAUAUGCUGCAAUGCUUGGCAAUGAGAAUAUCCUGAAGCUGUUGGUUGAGUUCGGAAAUGCCGAUGUGAACUCAAAAGAUCGAGAUGGUCGGACGCCAUUAUCCUACGCUGCAAUGUUUGGCCAUGAAGCAGCGGUGAAAUAUUUGAUCGAAUCCGCAAAAGUUGAUGUUGAUUCGAAAGACGAUAUGAGUUACACGCCACUUUGUCUGGCUUCUUGGAAGGGUCAUCAAGCAGUGGUGAAAUGUUUAAUCGAGAUAGGGAGGGCGGACGUUGAUUUGGAGGAUUUCGAGUACCGGACACCACCACUCUGCUUGGCCGCCGCAGAGGGCCAUAAUGAUGUAGUGAAAUACCUCAUUGAGACUCACGAGGGGAGUGUGGACUUGGCGGAAUUCAAAGGAAGAACACCACUUUCUCUGGCCGCUGAACGGGGCCAUGAAGCAGUGGUGAAAUGUCUCAUUGAGACUGGGAAAGUGAACCUGAAUUCAGAGGACUCAGAGGGCCGAACACCCUUGCUGAAGGCUGCGGCGCUCGGCCACGAAGCAGUAGUCCGAAGGUUGCUACGCAGUGCGGCGGUGGACUCUAAUCUGCAAGACUCGGAAGGCCGGACACCGUUAUCAUGUGCUGCCCAGCUUGGACAUGAAGGCGUGGUGAAACUCUUAAUUGAAACCGGGACUGUCCAUCUUGACAUGCAGGACUUGGAAGGCCGGACACCGUUAUCUUGGGCCGCUCAGCAGGGACAUGAAGGUGUGGUGAAACUCCUGAUCGAAACUGGGAAGUUCCGUGUGGGGAUGCAGGAUUUGGAAGGCCGGACAGCGUUAUCGUGCGCUGUCGAGGAGGAUUAUGGAGAGGUGGUGAGGCUGUUGACUGAUGCUUGUUAA